AUGAGUCUCGUAGCCAUUCAUGCAUACUUAUAACCACUUCGCAUAUAACCCUGGUUAGAUCCCUAAUGUUAUUGCCAGAGAUGCGCGGUCCACCACAAGAUAUCCCUUGGCCGCCGCAAGGUGGUGAACACGGCUACGGGAGCCCUGUUCAUCUCAACAGACAACCCUCACGACAGCAUCUCCAAACUCAUCACAAUCUCGUACCUCCGCCGCAUAGCCCUUACUAUCUUAAUGGCCUGGAUAGUGGUAUACCGGAAGCACAGAUGCGCAGCGAUCAGUGGUCACCAUACGGUCAAGUCACGGGCGGUAUGACUGCGUCGAGAGGUCCCAUUUUCAUACCCGCUGCACCGCCUAAACACACAUCGCACGCUCCACAUAUUGACUAUGGUCACACGCACCACCCUUCUGAUAGGUUGAACAUCCGUCUUUCGGCGCCACCACAAUAUCUCGACCCUGCCUUCAGUACCAGCUCUACCUCGUUACCCGCCUCAUCAAAGCCAACAGAGAAAGCAGAGUCAAACACAGAGCGCCUGCCAGACAACAAAGGCAAUCUUGAGAGAAUGAGACAUGAGCGUGAGUUGAUCUUCAAAACGGCGGCCACUGAGCUCGACCAAGCAAGACGUGAUGUCGCCCCAUCUGUUCCAUCGAACAAAGCCUGGGAAAAUGCAUGGGAGGUUAUGCGGCAGAGCAUGGCAAGGAUGUGACGAGACAUGGCAGACAGCAUAUUUCGUAAUUCCUGGUCGCCUUGGACACGCCGUGCUCCUUGAACUCAAUGUCCUUUUUUCCGUAACAAAGGCUGAAUUGCCCCGAGAACGCAUUUGCUCCUUGUCUGCUUUUGAUGCUUUCUUAUGUAUCCAAUGAACAUUGCUCAUGGUUCUUCAACACCAAGU